CCACACUAUCUAAACUAAUGUCAAAUACAUUUUGAAUUAUAUAAGCACAUAUAUUAACACAAUUAGGAUCACAUUUCUUGCAAAAUUUUCCCAUUUACCCCUGAUUAAAAUAUUAUUAAAAACCCUUAAGGGCAGAUAUACUUUUUGGUUUCCAACAAUAAUUUUUCCUUACUACGGUGAGCACAUGGUUCAAAUUGCAACGUUUGCAAAACGUAAAUGGGAAUAACAAACCCUGCGCGUCAUUUUAACAAACACCUUGCCAACCAAGUACUGGUAUUGGUAAUCAAAGACCUUCCAUUACCACCGUCACCGUCACCUGCGUCAUGGACAAAUGACGCCGUCACGGAAGUUCUCCGCUCCAUCUCCCGCUACACCCUUCAAUCACCUCGCUCCAUCGGUCGCCAGAGCGGCUUCCGUCACCGCACCCCGCUGCGGCAGCGCAACCUCAACCUCGAACACCACAAGUUCUGCAACAACACCCUCGUCUUAGGCCCGGCUGCCCACCAAGACCCCGACAAGGUCCAUCUCGGCUCAUUAAAGGCCCUCGAGUUCUUCCGCUGGGUCGAAGCCCGCUUCGCCUUUGCCCAUUCCGAAGCCACGUGCCGCGAGCUGGCAUGCCUACUUGCCCGUGCCAGCGCAACCAAGCACCUCUGGAAUUUCCUCAAACAAUGCCCUCACGUGACCACCGCCACUGUCACGUGCGUCAUCAAACUCCUCGGAGAGCACGGCCUCGCCGACGAAGCCUUGCUCACCUUCCACCGAAUGAAACAGUUCCGCUGCAAACCUGAUACCCAUUCCUACAACACGCUGAUUUACGCGCUAUGCUGUGUGGGGAACUUCACCAAGGCGCGUUACCUUCUCCAGCAAAUGGAGCUUCCCGGUUUCCGGUGCCCGCCUGACACCUUCACUUACACGAUUCUCAUAAGCUCUUAUUGCCGCUACGGAAGGCUCACCGGCUGCAGGAAGGCCACGCGCCGGCGGAUUUACGAGGCCGGGCGUCUCUUCCGGUCAAUGCUUUUCAAAGGGUUGGUUCCCGAUGUUGUGACUUACAAUGCCCUAAUUGAUGGGUGCUGUAAGACGUUGCGCGUGGAGAGGGCUCUGGAGUUGUUCGAUGAUAUGAAGACAAGGGGUGUUGUUCCGAACCAUGUUACUUACGGGUCUUUCAUAAGGUACUAUAGUGCUGUGAAUGAGAUUGAUAAGGGUGUUGAGAUGUUGAGGCAGAUGCAGAGGUUGGGGCACGGGGUUCCCGGUUCGAAUUCAUAUACUCCCAUCAUUCACGCGCUUUGUGAAGCUGGGAGGGUUGUUGAGGCUUGGGGGUUUCUUGUUGAGUUGGUCGAUGGCGGAUCAGUGCCCAGAGAGUAUACUUAUGGGUUGGUUUGUGAUUCGCUUCGCGCUGCCGGGGAGGGUGGCUUGUUGUUGAAGGAGGAUGUGGUGCACAAGAGAAUAAAGGAUGGCAUAUGGAAUAGGUAUAGGCAAAUGAUGAAGGUGAAACCUGUUAUGACUCGCAAGGGCUAUCCAGAGAUGGAGGAACCAGUUUGAGUUUGAAUGCACAAAUCUAUUUUUUUCUGCUUUCA